AUGGAACAUCACCCAGCAGCCGCCGCCCUCUUCCUACAUCACCCAUCAUACUUCCCAUCACCAUUUUUCGCUCACGAUCCACCCAUCGCACACCACCCUCCCAUCGCAAGCCAUCAACCCAUCGCACACUACCACCCAUCGCACACCUCCACACACCCAUCUCACCCCACUCUGCCGUCACAUGCCAUCCACCCACCGCACAUCACCACCAACUAUCGUACACCACCACCUACCCAUCGCACACCACCACCUACCCAUCGCACACCACCACCUACCCAUCGCACAUCACCACCAGGCGGCG